GUGGAAUCCGCCCUUAGACGUGCGCGUCUGUUUCACUUCUUCACUUCGAUAGGAAUAUACGCAGCUCUUCAAAUUCAGACAAAGACGACGACAAUUGCUUCCUUGGACAACACAAGAUGGAUUUUCGCCCACUGUUUGUGUUUCAUGGCUUCGCCACUGAGCUAACCCUGGAGCGUACGGCGGAGGCAGCCAAGGUGGCGAAGGAAGCUAAGUCCUCGGUGGCCUGCGCGGUGCAGAAAGGCGAGGAGGUGAGAAAGGAAGCCCGGGGACGCAUCCGCCAGUCUGGAGGAGACCCCGGAUGCCCCAAGCUGGUGCUCAGUGAGAGCAAGCUCCAGUUUGGGCAGUACCGGGGUCAAACCUUCAAGUGGGUGCUGGGGAAUGACGUGGGGUACGCCUGUAGCAUCGUGGUGUUGCACCAAAAGGAGCGUGACAGCGGAGACACUUCCCGGUCACCUCUCGCGGUCAACAAAACCGCACUGGCGUCUUACGCACAGCUCUUUCCAGACAUGGUCGCCGCCCUUCGCUCUCAGGCCGUGCGCAUGGGGGAGAUGCCCUUCAGGGAGCUGGAUGGCAGAGCAGUGGGUUUUGGGGCUCAUGCCAAAAGGACAUACUCCGCACUGUAUGAAUCCCCCAACGGCGAUGAUCAAUCCUACUUGCAAUGGCUACGAGGCAAGCAAACCAAACCGGGUUCCACCAUGUAUGCCUUCCAGCGUUACGUGUUGAAGCGUGACAAGAAUGCACAAACGCAGACCGCCGCGGCCGGACGUGACGCCUCAGGUAAAUGCUCUUCCCAGGUUUGUAUGACUUUGUUUACAGGUGAAGAGGAGCCCACUGAUGCAAUGCUCGUUGAAGCGGCCAUGGAGGUGGAAUCUCAGCCUUCUACUACCUCGCAGACAAUGAGGACGCCGCUGGAAGCAGGCCCUUCCCGCCUUACCGCUCCUAUCGCCGGACAUGAUGCUGCUGCGUCGCCCCUGACUUCAGGUGCCGAGUUGCUGCCCAAGUCCUGGCGACAGACGCUGCCGGAAGAACAGCACGACUGGGUGGGCCGUGCGCUUUUUUUCCGAGGUCCCAAGGGGAAAGCGGUUCUCAAGUCUGGGCUGCAACUGUGGUGGCAACCUCCUAAGAAAUUGCCGUAUUACACGCAGCCCCCUGCUUCGUCCGCCGUCUUUUUCCUCUCGCGCUUUUUCCUGUGGUGCCCGUACAAGCUUUGGGGCUGCAAACUGGAGUGCCCAAAAUGCAAGCACAAGCUGACGGGUUUUGGACUGUACAAGACCCUGAGAAAGGUCUUGGACUUAAGUGACUGGUACUACAUGGCCACAGAGUAUCUGGAGUGCCACGCGUGCCACAAGAAGUAUGCCGCUUGGGCCAGCAACAUCAUCGGGCAGCUGAGCACGGCAAAACAGGCAGAGUUCCCGGCGAUCCUCACCUACAGGUUAUCUUGUGACAAGAAGGUCAUACGGCAAAUGCAGGCUCGCACGCUGGGUAACAGUGCCACUCGGCUUCUCUCCUACUUGGUAGAGGAGCACUCACGAGAGUGGCAGACUCGGGCACUCGGCUACCUGGAGGUGAUGGCUCGCUUUCGCUCCGUCAGCUCCUUCCCGCUGCCGAGGGCCUGUAUCCCGCCCAUGCGCCCGCUGCCUAGCGUUUCCUCGCUGCUGUCGGUGUACGUGAGGGAGGUUCUUCCUCUCAUGGAGCACCCGAAGGCCAGGAUUACGUCUACUUUCGGAAGUAUCCUGAAAAUGGACUCCACCAAGAAGAUGACCAAGAAGCUGGCAGGUGAAGCCGCGGGAACGGCUGCCUGGGUCACCAACGUCGGCAACGAGCUGGGCCAGGUGCUAAUGUCGGUGCUGACGGCGGCAGAGGGGGGCGGUCUGCUGGCCAUGGCCCAGGGACUCAUGCGCCGCUACCGAGAGGCCGGGCGAGACCCUCCUCACGUGCUCUACGUGGACCGUGACUGCUGCUGCUCCGCCGCCGGACAGCCUAAGGUGGCGGCUACGUUCGGCGAGUGGGACAGGCUGGUGGUGCGCCUGGACGCGUGGCACCUCAUGCGCCGCUUUGCCAGGGGCGUUUCCACAGAGACCCACACGCUGUAUGGCAAAUUCAUGAACAGACUCUCGUUUGCCAUGUUUGAGUGGGACGAAGGGGACAUGAGCCGCCUGCACGAGGCUAAGCGGGCGGAGCGGGGCGGGAACGCCCACGUCGAGCCAUCGCGCAAGGAGCUGCACCGUCACUGCCGCCGGCGCACCAGAGGAGUGGAGGAGACCACGCGUCUUGUCCAGGAGGUGCUGGAUCACCUGUGGGAUGCCAAAGACACCUUGGGCGUCAAGCUUUUUGACCAAGGCAGGAUGAAGGAGAUUUGGAGCACUCAGCGACGCCACUUGGGCUGCAUCCAGGACCCGCCUGGCGUGGCGCUUUAUACAAGAACUUCCACAGUGACCAGAGGAGGGGUGGCUCUUCCCGUCUUCCGCUGUGCAAGGGGCUCCACUUCUCUGGAGAGCUUCCACCUGCACUUGUCCCGUUUCAUUCCAGGUACGUCGGCCAACGCGCUCCAUUUCCAGGUUUACCUUCUGGAGGGUCUGUGUAGGUGGAACGAGGGCCGAGGAAGAGCGGCGGUGAAAGGGACCGAUGAUGUCACGGUGCAGUGUUACGACGCCGGCCUGCAAGACGCGCUCGCGCAGCUGACACAAGAGCUCAUGGGUCUCACGCUGGUUGACAAUUACACCCCGGCGAGCAAGUACACAGGAGAGGUUAUUGGCCUCCAGUAUCUGUAUGCCCAGACUGGCGUCGUGCUGCAGUCCCACAUUGUGGAUGAUCCGGACCAGCCUGUCUCAGAUGACAUGGAGGACGAAGACCAACUCGAGGAUGAUGAGGGUUACGAUGACGAGCCAGUGGGAAUCGAGCAGUAUACGGGUGACCGCCAUUCCUCCAUGACUCGGCCUCCCGACGAUGAGCCAGCAGAAGAGAAGGAAGAAGAAGAAGUGUCAUCUUUCUCCUGACUUACCUGACAAUUUUGACUCUGAGUAAUAUAAAGAUCUGUUUUUUGACACAGAAUGUUAGGUCCAGACGGGAACGGCGGAUACCAGCAUGUCUGUCGCUUGGCCACCGCCCUGGUUGCGCUGCGGCGCCAAAUGUUUGUGCCGCCUCGGCAGGAGAGGCAUAUAAUAGAACUUUGGCAAAAGCUGACGGA